AUGGCGAGAAUACUAAUCUCCAGCGGAAGUGAAUGGGAAAAACUUUGCGGAUAUUCUCGUGCAGUUCGUGUUGGGGACCUUGUUGAGGUCUCAGGGACGGUUGCAGUCAACGAGCAGAACGAAGUUGUUGGUCAGGACUGCUAUACGCAGACUAAAUUCAUUUUAGAGAAAAUUUCAAAGGCAUUGGAAGAAGCUGGCAGUUGCAUGAACGACGUUAUCAGAACCAGGAUGUACACUACCGAUAUUUCAAAAUUUGAAACUAUUUCGAAGGCUCAUGCAGAAGUUUUUCGAGUAAUCAGGCCAGCGUGCACCUUGGUCGAAGUAAACAAGCUUGUACGAAAAGAAUUUCUCAUGGAAAUUGAAGUUACAGCGGUUAUUUGUAAACUUGAUUCUAAAAAAUGA